ACUGCAUCCUGUGUUGAGUCGAGGGGCAAACUAGCAGUGCUACGAUUUAUAUGUGGCUACUGGCAUUGACUAAAGCGAUAUUUUAGUGCUACAAAAUGGUGAGUGCAGCAAGUUCAGGAACAGCUUUGGAUAAAAGAUACCAAAUGGAAAUUGCCGCGGUGAAUUUUAGUAGAAAUGGACAGAUUGUGACUUCCGCUAUGCUCCCCAACUUCGAUGAUUCUAUUCAGGCGAACAAAGAUCUGAUCAAGAGAAAGCUAACCGCCAGAGUUUCCCCGAUGACGCGAGAAACACAAGAAGCUUUUGAUCCGAGUAAUCAUGCGCUAAUUGCUGGUCCAAAGAGUCCUCAUCGCUCACACAGCGCUUGUAACAAGAAAAAACUUAACGUCAGUUCGUCUACAUUUUCAGUGCCUAAACUGGCUAAAGGUAAACAGAGACUAGCAGAGAAGCGAAAAUCUGCAGCUACAAAUGUUAUUAUUCCUGCUAAAUCUGGCAAUACCAGUGUCAAUACAGACACCUUUCUUAACACACAAGACGAGCCUGUUUCUAAACGACCUCGGACAAUUUUGCCACGCACAAUGCAAGUUUCAGAACCAGAAAUACCGAGAACGCCCAUAAGCCCUGAGCCCAAGUUAAUGAGUGAUAACGUGGCAACAAUGAGUCUCUUGUCAGCUUCCGAGUGUCACUUAGCUGCACUUCAGGACGAAGAUGGCGAUACGCCACUUCACAUAGCCAUUGCACAUGGAAACACUCAGCUUGUAGAAUAUCUUAUCAACCUCAUGUCAUGUCUAACUCUGGAUAUAUACAACAACCUCAAGCAAACACCAUUACAUCUUGCAGUCAUAACAGGACAAUCUCAUAUUGUAGGAAAGCUAACAAUUGCAGGUGCAAAUGUUAACUUACCAGAUCGUAAUGGACAAACACCUGCACAUCUGGCAUGCCAGAGAUCAAGUAUUGAAUGUAUACAAGAACUUUUUAAGGGGGCAAAUAUCGUUGACCUGGAGUUACGGAACUUUAAUGGGUUUACCCCUCUUCACGAAGCUGUAUUUGCAAGUUGUCCUGAAGCUGUGGGGUGCUUGGUUAACCAUGGAGCAAAUGUGAAUUGCAAGGAUGGCAAAAGUGGCCGUACUCCUCUACAUCACGCAGUAGAAGCACAAAACAUUGAGGCGAUUCAAGAAUUACUUGAUUGUGGUGCUAAUGCGAGCGAGGGUGCCUUCUCGGGAAACACUCCACUGCAAGUGGCAAGCGGUCGGGGCAUGCAGAAUGUUAGGUUAUUACUUGAAUCAGCUUUGGGUAUCAUCAGACCGACAAGUGGCAAAAAUAAGGAGAUCACACCAGUGGUGCCAAACUAUGAAGACAGAAGGCAUGUGAUGGUCAAAAGUACUUAUGUGUAGUUAGCCCUUACUAAGCUUAUAAAUACGUACUGUAAAAUGAGUCUGAUUAGACUAUGCAUAUAUAUAUUUGUUAGUUUUCAAGACUUUGGUGGUAUGUGAAGAGAAUAUCUGCUAAUUUGGGAGAAGUUAAGGGCAUAAUCUAUUGGAUUAAGCCUGUUUCACACCAGCAACUUAUCAAUAUGACAUUACAACAAGAGCACAACAACACAUCUAGAAAAAAAAAAUCAGGAUUUUAUGAAAUACCUGUCAUUAAAUGCUUUACGUCAUGAUUAUCUUCCUGCUGCAUAUUUGUAUGUUGUUACAUUGUGAUGUUGGCACACUGGUGUUGCAAAAAAAAACAUUUUACGGGUUUGUUUUUGUUUCAAGACAAGUUUAUGUAUGAUAUGUUCAUAUAUAUGAAUUGCUUGCUGGAUACUGUCAGAAAACAAGUUUCCUCUCUGCCAGUGUGAUCUGUCCUAUCUCAGCUCCUCAUAUAUGUCCCUACUGAUCUGUUUUCAAUUUUUGUAACCACAUGAUAGUGUUGACAAAGCAUGCUUCAACAUAAUUGAUUGGGGGUAUGGAGGGGGGGGGGGGGUGGCGUGUCUCAACACUGUUACAAGUCCACAUUAAUUUUAUACAUUCACAGAAUUAUAUUGUUCUGUACAAAGAUUUGACACGUUAGGAACUAUAAAGGUUGCUUGUAAAAUAAAUUGCUUAUUGGGGUAUUUUUAAAGUAUAAUUUAUUAGUUUUAUUACUCAUUAGUAAUCAUGCCGUUUAAUGUUUAAACAGAAGCAGGCAGGAACUUAAUCAUUGCUAUGCAAUGAAAUGUGUUUGUCACUUUUUGGUGAGACAAGCUCAAUAAUACAUGACUGUAUACAUGUAUAGAACAAAGGAUUGAUGUAAAUUAGGACAUUUAUCUGGAAACCUUUCCUAGUAUGUUUUUAAAGUAUUACGAUUCUCAUAUUACACAGUUGUUAAGACUUGUUGCCAUGACAAUUAAGAAAAUGUUAUGUCAUUAUUGACAUGACAUUUGUAUUGAGUUUUUACUUUCAUAUGCUGCGUGAUCACGCAAUGAAAAAUAAACAAGAAACGGUGCUAUCAACUUUUGAACCAACAUCAAAUGUAAACCACAGCAGAGAUGUCUGUGACCUAGAUGCAUAGAUGUCAUAGAUAAGAUGCCAGCAUACAUGUACAUGUCUGUUACCGCGAUCCUCUCCGCUGUCAGGGUGGCGAAUCUCUCCACCCUCAGGGUGGAGAGGAUUGCGGGCGCACCGGAACACCCAUGGCUGGAGACUGAUCCUAUCUGUUACCCUGUGAGUAGAGGUCCCUUUGAUCUCUUCCCGACUUUUCUAGGAGGAUCAAAGGGACGUCUCUGCUCACAGGGUAAGAUGAGUGUUUGAUAUUUCAAGGCACCUUUAAGAAUUGUCAUAGACUUACAAUUAAAAUGAUACCACUAACCAAGAGGCACUCUUAAUGCAAGUACAAAUAAUAUUGAAUUGCUUUAUGUAGAUUAUAAAAAAAAUGAAUAAAAGACAAACAAUACAAAAUAUUA